UACAUUUUCAAUCUAGUACUCAAUUUUCAGCCAUGACAGGAGACCGUAGGGGGAGCAAGCUCUCGAGCAUAAUCAGAAGAAAGCCAACCAAGGCAACCAAGGCAGCAAGUCCAGUAUCUGGGAGAGGAAAUGGGAAAAAGCCAAACAUGUGCAAAGGUCUGGAGAAAAACUUUGAAGAUGAAUUCAUUUGUGUUGGAAGUCAGCCAUGGAUUCGUAGCCUGAAAAAACCUUCUAUUAUAGAAAUCAUUGAUAUUUCUUCCAGUUGUCCAGAAAGCCCACUUAGGAAAACUGAGGAAGAUGAAGUAAGCAGCCCCUGCCCAUCUACGCCAAUUAUUGGUAGCAAAGAGGUUGAAGACAUUAAAAUUGCAUUUAAUAAUCUGGCUAACCUGAUCAUCACUCAUAUUCCCAAUAUCUGUGUUGAUGUGAGUCCUUCGGGUAUCCCCUUUGCUACCACCAAUCCAGCACCUGCAAAGCUUCAAUCUUUUCAAAAAACGGCAGAAAAAAAGGCACAACCUGAAAGCAGACUGACUGUUUUCAACAAACUAGAAAUGCAUGAAAGAAGUCAGUAUGGCACUAAUAUCGAAAGGAACUUGUUGUCUAAAUUUGAACAAUGCAGCAACAAGGAUUUCUAUAUCAAUUUCAAACCGUUGCCUUCCACUCCCAGGGGCCGAACUUUAGAUGAAUUUGUUAUGCCAAAAUGGGCACCUGUAGCGUUUAGUCCUCCUGGUAUGCUAUUGGAUGAAAUUGAAACAACUUUGAUAGCUUAUAUUUUUAUGAGUGAUGAGGACAACAAACAUGGGAGUGAGAUUCUUAUCAGCACGGAGUAUGGAAUUGGAAAUAGAAAAACAUUGAAAACUCUCAUACCUAAUGACUGGGUUGACCAAGAGGUUCUUAAUUUGAUGGCAUAUACGCUUAAAUAUGGUGAUUCUGCACCACAUUCGACUGUGUGGUUCCUACCAACAAUGUUUGCUCAAUUUGCAUUGGACUGGGGUUACAAAUCUGAAAUUGUGAAGCGCUUUUUUCAACGUGACUUCAUGGGAAAAGUUGGCUGCUUGAGAAAAAUUUUUAUUCCAAUAAAUGAUCAGCAUGUUCACUGGUAUUUGUUGGUGGUUGCAUUUGACGAAAAAAAGUUGAUACUAUUAGACUCUUUACCCUCAGAAGGAAGAAGGGAAUACAGGCGCGACUCUGUUAAGGAACUGGCUCACUUUCUUGAUGACAUGUUUAUGGACAAAUCAUUUUUCGAUACGCCAACUAAAUUCAAAUAUGACAUAUCUGACUUUGCUUUGGUUGAGCCAAGAGACCUUCCACGCCAACAAAUUGGAUCUAAUGACUGUGGAGUGUGGGUCGCUAUGUGGAUGAAAGAAUAUGCACGUCGUGAUGAUUUUUAUCAUGUAUUUACUCACGGAUGCGCAUCGCUCUUGAUUUGGUAACCCAUCCUCUGAAUGAUUUGAAGGAGGAUGUCGAACAAAAAGCAAUGCAGUACUGGACCGAACUUCAACGGAAGAAUGCUACCGGCGGCAUAUAAAGUUUAUUUAUCUGGCUAUUUACUUGUGUUAUUUAAGUGCUUACAUGCUUUACUUCAGACUCUGUUUUUAAUUGGUUUAUUUAGUUCAAGACUUUAAGCGUUAGCUUUGAAUUUAGUUUCACUUAUCUACUUCAUGGUAUUGCUGAACAAUUUAAAAGUCAUAUUUCCAGUCU